GAUUCCAUAACRCAGAUCUAGCAACUGCAUGUUACUAUCUACAUGCAUCGGUUYGUUUUGUUAAACAAUUCGGCAAGUUCAGAGAUGCCGUGGAUAAGCCAUUACGACAUCCGCUCAGACGAGGAAGGUACUUUAUUCUCAAGACGUCACAAAUCGAUCCUCAGGCAAUUCUGAAAAUAUACGAAGGAAUCAAAGACGAAUAUGCCAAUAUGGUGGYGAGGGACCCUARYAAUGAGGUUUUUGGUUCCCCAGACGAUCUGUAUCGUGUGCUGGACGAGACUGAGUACGCUGACGACGUUGAUCCAGGAAUCGUUGCGUAUGGCUUAGAGACAGCAGAAGAGCUUCUUGACUGGAAGCGAUUUAGAGAGUACUUACAACAAGAGGUUAAAAAACGGCAGCGCACGAACAAGAUCAAGGUUCACCUGUGUACUGAGGUUGAAGAAAUACAGAGGAUGGAUGAAAACGUGUACGACGUAUCUUGUUGCAUUCGGAACGGAAGAAACCCUGACUCCAGACUGAAACUAUUCACUUCACGAGUGGUUAAUUCGGCUUGGUAUAAUAUUGGUAAAUUGAACAAGACGUGUGGGUUGAAGGCAAAUCCCCGCCUGAACAGAGUCAAAGCGAUCGCAACCAUUCAAUUACCGCCAGGAAUGGAGAAUUGUCAUUCCAUGUUUUUCUGUGCUGGAUCAUAUGGUAUGUUAUGUAACAAAGGCAAAGGUAUUGGUAUGGUAACGUUUGCACCAGAAACCAACUUGGCAAUGUGUACCUCAGACGAURUGUCACCAGAAGUGAACGAACAUCUUCACCGAUUGACAAGCGAUGAGAAACAAUCCUUGGGAGAAAGAAUUCUACAAGGUGUAGCUCGUUACAUUCCGAAACUUGCCACGGCUAAGAUACUGAAAGUCAACACAGGUGUAGUGCAAACCUAUUUUGAUAAUGAUCACUUUGACUGUCCCUUCAAAUCUGGGAACUUAGACUUCAUUCAUGAUCCAUCAUAUGGGAUUGGGAUCAAUAAGAGAGACUAUAGUGGUGUAGAGGUUAUCGCUCCUGGGUUUGUCGUGAAUGCUUGCAUGAAGUUACUCUACUGUAUGGAUAACGCCAGAGCUGUUCGAAAGAUAUUCCACACRUUAGACCAGCAUUGAUUGAUAUUUGAGAAACAAGACAGGGAGACAUUCAGUUUUAAGUAUGCUUAGCAACAGGGGACACCUUUCCAUUUUUGAUGUAAAUUGGGCAGGCACUUAUCAGCAACGGUUGAACUAAAAAAGCGGUUCGAGAUUUUUAAACUAACCGAUUUCUAUUUGUAAUAAUAUCAURAACAAAGGCUUCACCCAGAAAAACUGAGGUGGACCAUUUAUUUUAGAUCUUAGUCUUCACUAUCGAGAAUAGACCUAAUAUGUCUUGCAAUAUUUUCCCAUAAGACCAURUGUCUUUCCCUAGAGCACAUGUCAUUCCCUAGAGUAUCGUAUCUUUGUUUAGCGGUUGCGCUYGAGAAGACACAUGAUUAUGAAUAUAACUCAAACAAAGAAUCUUAUUCUCUAGGGAAUGACAUGUGGUCUGACAUGGGAAAAUUACACGAAGACGAAUUAAAUCAUUAGAUAUGCCAACGACAUGCGAAGGCGAUGAACAUGGCGUACACGUUUUUGUGCGCUCUUCCUUACUAAGAAUCCUUUUUAUGCCUUCAUGACGAGUAUCAUAGUUAAAUCAGAAAACUKCUACAGCUCGAGAACAGAUAAUUUAGUGUUUCAACUGCAAAAGGUUAUCGAAUAACUAAUCACAUUAAAAAACAUAAGGACUGACAGUUUGUCAUCUGCGAUAGACCUGAACAGGAUUUAAUAUAAAAGGAUCAAACCAUUCGUGUACCUUAACAGCAAGCUACAAACGUGUACUAUAAUGA